AUGACAUUAAACGAAGUUGACCACAAUUCCUCUCAUAAUCCACAGUUUAGCAAAUCAAACUACCACUUGCAGUUGUCGAAGUCAUUGUUUCGACACUACAAUAAGUCUGCACAAGCCUUGCAAAAAAGCGGUGGUGGUACUACGCCGGAUUUCGUUUACCAAGAGCCGAAACUAUUAAACCAACCGGCAUAUGCAGACUCUAGCUAUGACAGAAUUGGCAAUGGUUACUUUGUUGAUAGAGGAGCCAUUUCCGUUCCGUCAUCUAGAAUUGAAACUUUUUAUACAGACAAAUCGAUAGAAGAAGAAGUACAUAACUUUAUGCAACAUUAUGAAGGCUUGCACAGUUAUGACCAAGGAGUUCAUGAAACGCCACUGCAGCCCGGAAGCGAUGGGUACCGUUUGUCAUCUAAUGAACAUUAUGAUCAAAAUGUACAGCCUGUGUACGAAGCUCAAUCAUCUCAAGAGUACCAAAGUAUAGCAACUCGAGCACCGCAAUGUCAGAAUUUACUGGGAUAUAAUGCACCUCAGGGUGAACAAAAUCAGCAUUUCGACCACCACCAUAAUGCUCAGCAACAACAGCAACAACAGCAGUUUCAACAGCACGCAACAAUGAACAAUCUACAUCAACAGCAAGCUGCACAUCAGCUGCAAUCACAUCCAAAGCAAAUCCACCAACAACAAUAUCAACAUAUACAACCCUCGUUUUCUCAAAAUUACAGCCAAUCAUACAAUUCCUACCAUGCACCAACGCAAGCCUCUUACGUUAACAACCCUCACAAACAAUCCAAUGACCAAUACCCCCCUCGUGGCUCAGCCGAAGAACACACUGAAUCUCGACAUUUGCCAACCUUCCAAAAUGCUCCCCAACAAGCUGCUCCUGCCAACAACGAUACUACCAAAUACCCCCAUGCACUAUCAGCCACCAAGGAAACAACAUUCGAACCCAAAGUUAAGGCUAAACGGGGAAGACCAAGAAAAAAGCCUGGUUUCCACUUAAAGUUGGAUGGAAUCAACAAAAGGGCCAAUUUACCAAACCGACUAGUUUCUUCGUCUCAGUCCGAUUCUGGAACGGAUUACUGGAACAGGACGCCGGGUGGUCUAAACCAUGGUCCUCUGCGACUAUCCAUGUCAUUAGCGCGUGAGGACUUUGAUGUAAUGAAGGAAAUGGAGUUAAAUGACAGCAAUGUGUAUGGAUCUGUUCCUGGAUUUAACUUGACCCCCUCUGUUGAUCCACCAGCGGGAGCAAAGAGCUACUUUGAAUUGAAUCACACGCCAGGGGUUGACUCUGUUGCAAAUGGGAGCUACUUCUCGCCAGCUAUAGGCGUCAAUGCGGGAGUAAAUAAUUUCAAUCAAUCUUUUGAAGUUUACCUAGAUAAAGCAGACGAUUUUGCCACCGCAGGUGCUCAACACGACGACUUGUUGGAUUCAAACAUUAUGGGAUUUCCGAUCCCAGAGUUUCGCGAAGAAAAUAUUGGUGAUGGACAGCAAGAACCUAUAAAGGAUGAAUUCACUCCGUUAGGCUUGUCUAUUGAUCCAUACGUAUCCCAAAACGAGUCGUCCCCAGGAAAAGGUUCAGGUUCAGGAGCCGAGAUUGACAACUAUUCACAAUCCACAUAUUCCGCAGACAUCAACCACUUCAACAUUGAUAACUACAUUAAUUCCGAUGAAGAUCAGGAAAUAUAUCCAAAUCCAUCUACUUUGCACCGGACCACAUCGAAUCACAGUGUUCACAGCGUAGCAUCUGCUGGAUCCGAUACCGGUCAAAGAGAUUCCCUGGCAGCAAAUAAAACACAUACAUCAGCUGCGAAAAAGAAGGGAAGCAAAGGUGCUAAGUGUCCUGUUUGUGAUAAAUUCAUUAGUCGUGAUUUGACCCGUCAUAUGCGAAUACAUAAUGAAAUUGGUAGAUUUCAAUGCGUUUAUCCCAGGGAAAUGUGUAACCACAAGACACAAAAUUUCAAUCGACCCUAUGAUUACAAGAAACAUUUGUUGCAUCUGCAUUUCAAAUUUGACGAUUCAAGAGGCAAAACAGCGCACACUUUGGGAGAUAAAUUACCCUUGAGUGGAGAGUGCAUAGCUUGUGGUGCAAGAUAUCUUGCUAGUGAAUGGUUGAGUGAGCAUGUGUUGACCAAGAAUGAGAGGCAGAGGUGCAUCUACGUUGACGCGAGGACCCUGAUUGAACAGUCUUGA